UGUUUACCAGAAGAUCGUAACAAGGGCAGGUCUGCCGGCAAGGCUGGGACAGGGAGGCAGAGCAGCCGCCAAGGGGACCUGGGCUCCCAGGCACUUUGGACACCUGCAGGAUGACCAAGGCUGGGAUGCUGCUGGCCUGGGUACAGACAGUUCUCAUCAGCAACAUGCUCCUUGCAGAAGCCUAUGGAUCCGGAGGGGUUGCAGCUCCAUCUUUGCCAUUAAGAACAAAGGGUAUCUGAAUGAUGUGGCCAGAACCCAGGCCCUCCUUCCCCAGCCCCCUGCCCCUAGAUCCCCUGCGGAGGAGAGUGGGAAUUCGGAAUCACAUCCCGGCAGCGAUGAGGACGGUUCCCUGCGUUUGAUGCUUCUUGAAUCUUUUGCCUGGUUGCAUCAAGGCUUUUGUAGAAUGCUCUCGGGAGGGAAUGUUGCCUGUGGGAGACUGGAAGAAGGUGGCCGCAUCCGCUGGAGUUUAUGCUGCUUCUGGGACAACGGCCACCUGUACCGGGCGGACCAGCCCUCGCCCGCGCCGGGCCUCCGCUGCCUCAACUGGCUGGACGCGCAGAGCGGCCUGGCGUCGGCCCCCGGGUCGGGCGCCGGCAACCACAGCUACUGCCGGAACCCGGACCAGGACCCGCGCGGGCCCUGGUGCUACGUCAGCAGCGAGGACGGCGCCGCCGAGAAGCGGCCCUGCGAGGACGUGCGCUGCCCAGAGACCCCCUCUGAGGCCCCGUCAGCCCCGACAACAGAGAUGGGCAAGGAAGAAUCCGAAGUGCCAGGUGAAGAUGAGCAGGUGUUUGCGCCCGCCAAUGCCCUGCCGGCCCAGAGCGAGGUGGCAGCCGUGCAGCCAGUGGUUGGGAUCAGCCAGAGGGUGCGAAUGAACUCCAAGGAGAAGAAGGACCUGGGGACGCUUGGCUACGUGCUGGGUAUCGCCAUGAUGGUGAUCAUCAUUGCCAUCGGAGCUGGCAUCAUCUUGGGCUACACCUAUAAGAGGGGGAAGGACUUGAAAGAGCAGCAUGAGCAGAAAGCAUGCGAGAGGGAGAUGCAGCGAAUCACCCUGCCCUUGUCUGCAUUCACCAACCCAACCUGUGAGAUCGUGGAUGAGAAGAUGGUCAUGGUCCAUACUACCCAGACUCCAGUUGACCUUCAGGAGGGCAGUGCCCCCCUCAUGAGCCAGGCUGGCACUCCCGGGGCCUGAGCACCCACAAUGGGCAGAAGCCCAUGUAGACAAUGGUGCAGGACAGCCCACCCUCCCACAGCUGGGAGGAUCUAUACUUUUUGUUGUGUUUAAAAACCCUCUUCCCGCCUUUUUUUUUUUUUUUUUUU